GGGCAUCCCUACCGCCGGGGCUAUCUGCUGCAUGGGCCCCCUGGCACGGGCAAGUCGAGUCUGUGCUUCGCCAUCGCCGGCCACCUGGGCCUGGACCUGUACCUGCUGCACCUGUCGCAGAAGGAGCUCACGGACAACCAGCUGGCCCGGCUCUUCCGCAGCCUGCCGUUCCGGUGCAUAGUCUUCAUCGAGGACGUGGACUGCGUGGCGGUCGCGCAGGAACGGGCAGACGACGGCAGCGGCGGUGCCGGUGGCAAGGAGGCAUCGACGACGACCGGGGUCACUCUCGGGCCGGGCCUGCUUAAUGCCAUCGACGGCGUCAGUGCCGGCGAGGACCGCAUCCUGAUCAUGACCACCAACCAUGUCGAGAAGCUGGAUGCCGCGCUCCGCCGCCACGGCCGCGUGGACAUGACCAUCGCCUACGGGUAUUCCCAGACCCCCGAGGUCGUGAGCCUCUUCAAGUCGAUCUACGCCUCCACGGACACGGACACCCCGAGCUUUGCGCCGCCAGUCACGCCAAAUUUGUCGUCGCUUGACGCCCUGGCAAGCGAGUUCACGACGCUGGUGCCCUCCGGCGAGUUCAGUGGGGCCGAAAUUCAGGGGCAUCUGCUGGACCACAAGAUGAGCCCGCAGUUCGCCAUCCAGGGGGUCCCAGAGUGGCUGGAGAAAACAGAGGAGAUGCGCAAGGGACGCAGGCCAGUGAAGGAUGAGAUGACGACGGGGAAGAAGGAUGCGUAG